AUGAAGACAAAACUUAAUUUGUACGAAACUUAUAUUGCAUCUGGUAAUUGUACUUAUUUUCCUACUUUAACUGAAUGUCAACCAUCAAGGGAAUUGUUAUCGUCAUUCUCAUUAAUUGUAACUGCUCUGUAUGAUCAAUUUGAUAACAGAUUUAAUAAAUUUGAAGACUUAAAAAAGCAUAUGGUAUUUUUGUGUUAUCCAUUUGACUUUGAUAUGAAUGACAUUAGUAAUCUAAAGGACUUAGAAGAAGUUGAUAUUUUAAAAGCAGAGGAUGAAGUAAUUAAUUUUCAAUGUGACGACGAGUUGAGAAAAAAGGCACCAAAAAAAGAUGAUGAUGGCACUUUUGGUGGAAAUUUAAUUCUUCUCUGGCAUGAUGCCAUGAAGGAACGUUUUCCAGUUCUUAAAAAACAUGCAAGUAGGCUUAUCUGUAUGUAUGGCACUAGUUACCAAUGCGAACAAACACUCUCAGCCAUGAAAAUUAUAAAAAAUGUUUACAGAACAAGACUGACUGACACUCAUUUGAAUGACCUUGUGCGAGCUGCAACAACAAAAUAG